UUCCGCUGGGCGCGGGGCAGCGGGCGGGAGCGAGGAAGCUGCGGUCCAUUUAAAAACCCAGACUUCUAGAGAAUUAAAUACGCGUAUGGCAUAUUUUACCUAAACAUUGCAAAUUCAUUACCUGUCAUAGAUCUGAAAGAGAGUGUGCCUGACAGUCCCUCAGUAAUAGUUAAGCGAGUAGGCAGAGAAAACUGGGGCGGCCCCCGCUUCGCGGCGCUGGACCGCCAGCUGUGUCCGGCUCCGUCACCGAGACACCGCCGUACGCGGGGGUCUGCUGGGAGGAGGUGAGAGAAGAUGGGAGAGGGUAGCAGCCAGCAAAAUGCAGCUGGGGUUUUUAUCACCUCUGUGCUGCUGGAUGCAACAAAUGAAUAGUAUGUAAACCACCUUUAAAGUAAUGGAGUAAAGGAAUUCUCGGUAAAUUGCAGUCUGGGUGGAUAUUGCUCAUAUCUCAGUGAUCGCUGGUUACUGGCCUUGGUCAAAAGACCUUUGUAAAACACGAACUCUGAAGAGAUGGUCUCUGUGCAGUUCCUUUCUAGAUGUAACUACAAGACAGAUUUUUGACAAUGAACAGCAUCACCAAAAGCCUUUUGAAAUCAAUUAAACAUGGCCAGGCUGCGUGGCUAAGAAGCAACUCUACUCACUUGGGAAAACCGUGUCUUCCAAAACUAGUUCUGGGAAUAGAAACAAGCUGCGAUGAUACUGGUGCUGCUGUGGUGGAUGAUGCUGGCAAUAUUCUAGGAGAAGCACUGCACUGUCAGAAGGAAGUCCAUUUGAAAACAGGUGGGAUAAUUCCUCUGGUGGCACAGCAACUUCACAGAGAAAACAUUGAGCAAAUAGUAAAAGAAGCGCUUAGCAUCAGCGGAGUUUCUGUAAAUGAACUUGCUGCUAUUGCAACUACAGUAAAACCAGGACUUGCGUUAAGUCUUGGAGUGGGACUGAAAUACAGCUUAAAAUUGGUGAACGAGUAUAAGAAGCCUUUCAUACCCAUUCAUCACAUGGAGGCUCACGCACUUACCAUUAGACUGACAAAUCAAGUGGAAUUUCCUUUCUUAGUUCUUUUGCUGUCUGGAGGUCACUGCAUUUUGGCAGUAGCACAAGGAGUUUCAGAUUUCCUUCUGCUUGGACAGUCAAUAGAUAUAGCACCAGGUGACAUGUUGGACAAGGUGGCAAGAAGGCUCUCCUUAAGCAAACACCCAGAGUGCCACAGCAUGGCUGGGGGGAAGGCUAUAGAGCACUUGGCUCAGACUGGAAACCGGCAGCGUUAUGCAUUCAGAGUUCCCAUGCAACAUCACCGUAACUGUGAUUUUUCUUUCUCUGGACUUCAGAAUCUUGUAAAUAAAGUAAUUAUACAAAAAGAAAAAGAAGAAGGUCUUCAGGAAGGAGAGCUGCUGUCUUGUGUUAAAGAUAUUGCUGCUGCUGCACAGCACGCAGUGGCUGUUCAUAUUAUCAAGCGGACGUAUCGAGCCAUGCUGUUCUGCAUAAAACAUAGCAUAUUAUCACCAAAAAAUGCAACUUUGGUUGUGUCAGGAGGAGUUGCAAGUAAUCAGUAUAUCCGAAAAGGUCUGCAGAUUUUGGCGGAUGCAAAUGGUUUUGCUUUUCUGUGUCCUCCUCCAAGACUCUGCACUGAUAAUGGUGUCAUGAUUGCAUGGAAUGGCAUUGAAAGGUUACGUGCAGGACUUGGUGUUUUACACUGUACUGAUGGCAUCCGCUAUGAAGCAAACGCUGCCCUUGGCAUUGAUAUCUCAAAAAGAGUUGAAGAAGAUUCCAUCAAGGUGCCAAGACUAAAAAUGAAGAUUUGAUGGUUGGCAUCAAGUUUAGUAGUAACUAAAUAAAUCUAAUUACAAAUUCUUUAGUAAGAACUGUUUGAUUGCUGUUACAUUUACUAUCAAUACUUGGUUUACAGUUGUUAAAAUCACGUCAUAGAAAUAAAUGCUAUAUAAUAUCACCAAAAUGUUUCAAGGUGCAGUUCCACAAAUGCAUAGGUUCUAGGUAUCAAAACAUGAAAUUAAAAAAGCAUUUUCUAAUUAAUAUAAAUUUACACUAAUCAAAAUGUCUUAGUGGUUUAUACUUACUUGUACAUUUAUCAUUCACAUUAUACAUAAAAAAAAUCAUACCUUCUGUGAUUAAAAAGCUAGAGAAAGUAAAUAAGAGCAAGGAUAGAUUUUCAUAAAGGUCCCAAUGUUUUGGCUUUGCAAAUACAGUUGAAUUCCAACAGUACCUACUUUUCUUCUCAUUUAAGAAGGCCUUUCUAGUUAAACACAGCCUUAGAAUUUUGGAGUACAUGGCUACUAAUGCUGUUUAAUUUCCUCCUUUUCUAAAGCAGCUAACUAUUAACACUGUAAAUGGGGAUAUCAGGGUGCAAGUUUUGUGUUUUGAUGUGAAUAAUGGGUUACUGUUAUCGUGCCUUUUGACAAUCACUAGUAGAUACAUUAUUCAUUGCACUGGUGAUUACUGGAACAUGUAUUAAGCACCUCUUAGUUCUAGAUGACAAUUAACAAAAUGUUUUAAUAUUUAACACAUUUUUAAAGUUACCUCUAUUUAAAUAUAACAAAAAUAAUUGGGAUAUCUGAGACAGACAGAAGAUGAAGUUUUUCUGUGGUAAAGGUGGCAAUGUUUGGACCAGAUUGUUUUUUUCUUUUCUUUUUUUGAGCUUCAGUGCAAGAUUUAACACAAAUUAACAAGUUACAUGCAUUAAUUUUACCAGUAUUUUUUUGAAGAAGGUAAGAUCCCUCAUUAAACAGAAGGUGGUAUUUGAAGAAUACUUACUCAGUUUUCACAGUUUGUAGCAGUGUUCUAGGAGGCAUAUUUUUGUAUAGUUUUAUGGGAUUUUAACUAUAAUAGCUGCUGUGAUCUAAGGUGUCUGUAAACGUUUACAUAUUUGCCAUAAAAUAGGUUCAGACACUCUCCUAGGUUAUUUCCCUAAUUUCUCCAUAUGAAAUGUUCAGAGACCUCUUUUAGAGGGAUAGAGUGCACUGCUUGAUUUAAGCUUCUACUUAAACUCUCUAAACCUGUUAAGUCCUCUUUGACUACUUCACAGUUGUAGAUUUUAAUGCAUUUAUUCUUUAGCACUGUAGCUCUUUUUAAUGUAUUCACAGAGAGUCUUCCUCGAUCUAAUACAGUCUCAAGAACUGAGAUUUCACAAAACACGUUUUGUGAAAUAACUGAUACAAGAAGCUUUGUAAAUACAAGUAACAGAACAUUGCAUAAUUAUAUUAAGAGCUUUUCAACUCCAUCAUUGACACAGGACUUAAACUUUUCUCCUGGUACAGUGGCUGAAAUCUUACUAAGGUUAACAAUUCUUGGUCUUGAAACUUUUGUGAUGUCUGAAGAAACUGCAUAUGUAAAUGAAUAUAUUCUAGAAGUUUGUCUACGGAACAUAUUUGCUCUUCUGAGUUUUCCCCUUAGGUGAACAGGGGUAGAUAUCAAAAGCAGUGAAUCCUUAGGUUGACACUUAGCCCAGGGAUGUCUUCCUGUACAACUCCACAGCCUCUCUGAAAAAUAUAGUAAAUUAUUUUGUUAGAAUUUGUGUCAUAUGUAAUAGAUCGCAACUGUGUUCUGAACAGCAAAAGCUACAAGUUUGAGACUUCUUGGAAAAAAACCCCCACAAACGACUUCAAACUAAAGUUGUGUAUGACCUAAAUAAAGUAUUUUACAUCUGCA